CCUGCCAGAGUCAAUGGCUGCACAAGCUCCCAAGGUGAUUUCCAGCAGUGGCAAUGAGAAAGUCUCUCAGUGGCAGGGCCUAGCACCUGCCCAACCUAUGCAGAAAGUGGCCCAGCAUCUGGCUCCAGAUGGGCACUUUGAGAAGGCCCAGGAAAGAAGUGACCUUCUGCAGAAGUUAGGGGUUUUUCACAUUGCUAUUGCUUUCGCAAACCUGGCCUUUGGCAGUUACCUCGUGUCCACAGUUAAGAAUCUUCACUUGGUGGUGUUGAAGUGCUGGUAUCCAAUCUGGGGACCUGUCUCUUUUCUCAUUUCAGGGAUCUUGGCCAUGGCAACAGUGACAUUUCCCAAGACCCCUCUGAAGAUUCUGUGUGUGACAGCAAAUGUCAUCAGCUUCUUCUGUGCACUGGCCGGCCUCUUUGUCAUGGCCAAGGACCUCUUUCUGGAGAGUCCUUUCCCAUGGCCCAUCUGGAGACCAUACCCCAACAGCACAGUCUAUAUCCAGAGACUGGAGCUGACCCUGUUGUGCUGCACCUUCCUGGAGAUCUUUCUGCCAGGGCCCACAGCCAUCACAGCCUGUAAGACAGAACGCCUGCAUGCAGAGGAUGACACCCCUCUUGUUCCUGACACACCUAUGGAACUUGAAGGUCUGUCAAUGGGGCCACCAUCCUAUGAAGCUGUGACCCAAGGCCACUAUCUCUGGACCACUGCUGGCCUCCUAGGUACUUUCCAUCAAUCUCCACUUCUCACAGGCCCCAGUAGCUUGAGAGAUGAGAACAAGAAACUCUGGAUGGUUGGAACCUCUCUGACCAUCAGCUUCUGGCAGGAUGUGGCAGCAAUAUUCUCUGGUAUUAUACUGGGGACAGACUCCAUGUUCUGGAAAUUAGUGGACCAUAUCCAGAUUGGUGUCACAGAGCAACUAGUCCUAAAGCUGGAGGACUGCCUUGGCUUCCAGUUUAACAGUCCCUCCUUCUCUGCUCAGCCCUGA